AAGAAAGCGAAUAAACAUGAUCGGUUUUGGCUGAGCUGAUCACGUGUCUCGGUGCUUUGGACCACGUGAUAAACCCAGAAAUGAACGACGUCAACACAACACUGGUGGAGAUGACUUCGGUGGACUGGCAGCUAUCGCUGAAGGUGGUGGAUCAGCCCAAAUCCACCUUCCACUUCCCCGAGAUGAUGCCCGGGGACGUGCCCCCCGGGGAGUACCGGGUCGCCACCCUGAAGCAGCUGGUGGCCGCCCAGCUCCCGGACUCCGUCAACGACCCCGACCUGAUAGAGCUUGUCCACUGUGGUCGCAAACUGAAAGACGACCUAACGUUGGACGCUUAUGGAAUUCAACCAAAGUCGACCCUUCACAUUCUCAAAAAGACUUGGCCAGAGACUGACAGUAACCCAGAGCCUGUGAACCGGGCCACGGCAGCGAGAGAGUUCAGAGUCUUCCACGCGGCUCUGCACUCUGUCAACACGGCCUACAGAGACUCUGUGACUAAAAUGCUGACCAAUAAGGAGUCUCUGGACCAGAUCAUCGUGGCCACCCCGGGCCUUAAGUCGGAUGCGGUGGCUCUGGGGGUUCUGCAAGACAAGGAUCUCUUCGUUCAGUUCGCCGACCCCAGCAUGCUGGACAUGUUAAUCAGCUCCCACCCAGCGUUGGUCAACGCCAUCAUCCUGGUUCUGCACUCGGUGGCGGGCAGCAUGCCCACCCAGGCCAGCAGCAGCUCCUCCCGCAACGUCUCGGCCAGCUCCUACAGUGACAUGCCAGGAGGGUUCAUGUUUGACGGCAUGUCGGACGAUGAAGAUGAAUUCCAGUCUGGGAACCAAGCGGGCCCCUCCAGCCGAGGGGGCGCUCCCAUCGGGGGGCGGCCCCAGUCUCUGAGCCACAGCGGGGCGGCGGGGCCCCGGCCCAUCACGCAGAGCGAGCUGGCCACCGCCCUGGCCCUGGCCAGCACCCCCGACAGCAGCGCCGCCACGCCCACCACCACCAGCCAGGCUGACGCAAGCAGCGGCGUGUCCCCCAUGCCCGCCGGGACCCCGGUCAGCAACGACCUGUUCAGCCAGGCUCUGCAGCAGGCCCUGCAGGCCAGCAACAUGUCCUCCCUGCAGGGCCGCUGGCAGUCCCAGAUCCAGCAGCUCCGGGACAUGGGCAUCCAGGACGAGGAGCUGAUGCUGCGGGUGCUGCAGGCCACCGACGGGGACCUGCAGGGGGCGCUGGAGCUCAUCUUCGCCGGCGGCUCGGGGCUGUGAGCCCCCACUCCCACGGGGGGAACAGAGUGGCUUCUACAGAGGAACAGCCCGGCCACGGGGGUCCAGAGGAACCCAGUCCUUCGACGUACCUUAGCUUUCUUUGGACGAGUUUAAACUGGAGUGAACUGUGUGUUUUCAUUUUUUACUGGCCGUUGGAGACUUUGAAUAAAGGCGACGAUGCUAUUUUGAGUGUGAAAAUAGUUUGCCCAAUUACUGACUGCAACUAAAAAACUAACUUUGCUUUCGAUUUGUACGAAAAUUCAGUCUCAUUUGUCGUGCGUUUGU